AUGGAGACGACGAUUCCCGAAAUGCCCGCCCCAGCAUGGGGGUACGCCGCUGGGAUGGUGUCGGAGCCACAUCCCAAGCCCGCCCCACAAACAGCGCAACAACAGCCCGGAUCUCCUGAGAAGGGGAAAGGUAAGCUGCAGAAGAAGAUAGGACCACCAAAAGCACCCACUCCAUCAGUAGCUCCUACGCAACUCAAUACACAAUACCCCAAAGCGAGUACGUUCGAGCAGAGGCAGUCCUAUUACCAGCAGCCUUUGGGAUCACUGCCUGCGCUGUCACAGCCAACGCAGUUAGCCCAUAGUCGGAUCCCAGCGGGCUACGCGCCCCAAGGCCGACAGCAGCAGGCACAGGAACAAGAGGAGACGGAGGAGACGGAGGAAGAUGACGAAGAGGAAGAGUCGGAUGAGGGCGAUGAAGAGGAGGAGGGGGAAUCUGACUACCCAGCUCAGCGACAGAACCGAUCUCAUGGCGGAUACGGGUAUGAGCCAGAGCAGCGGGCGUCGCCUACGAAGAAGAUUCUGCGCCCCAGGGAGAAGGUCGAUCCAUAUGGCGGAUAUAUGGACGUGUCCCCCAUAGGUCGCAAAGACGGUAGUGGCUCUCCGACCAAGGUUAAUAUACGGCCUAAGUUUCGCGAGCGGGUGCAGCGAUACCAAGAGGAGCUACAUGAUCGCAAGCCGAAGAAGGUUCUUCGCGAGCGAGAGCCUGUGGAGCUCAGAAGUCAUGAGAGAUCGAGGAGCGCAUUCGAGGAGAGAGAGAUUGUCAGGCAUAAAAGAGAAGUGGCAAGCGAGAGGGAACGACCAAGGCCUGGGUCAGCGUUUGCACGGCGAAGGAGGUACGACGACGAUGACGACGACGACGACGUGAGGUUGGCGUACGAGGACGAGGACGACGAAGAGAGCGAGGAAGAGGAAUGGAGGAACAUGCCGAAGAGAGGUGCUGCCACCAGGCGAACACGCGAACGAGUUCGGGAAUGGGAGAGAGACCUCGAUCAAUGUGAAGGAAGGGAAAGUCGGUCAGCCGCAAGUCCUCAGUGGGGUAUUCGUGACCUGCCCUCCGCGGCGCAGCGGCGAGCUUUGUCGACGGAUCCUACGACGCGGUAUAGGGAUGAAUAUGACGAAGAGGAAGAGUGUCGACGCGGUCCUUCCAGAGAAAGAGUCUAUCGCGACGACCAAGACCCUAGACUGAGAUAUCGCGGUGGAUCAACUGGGCUACCUCAACUGCCUGCGAUGACACGCGAAGGUCGAGGGAGCCCGGAAAAGUCUCAAGGAGGACCACGACGGAAGAUAACCCCACUCAAACACCACGAGGAUGAGGACGACCAGGACACGACGCCUCGUCGGCCAACCAAUCAGGGGCAUAGUCUCCACAUGAGGUUUUCAGCUAUUAAUCUGAAUGGAGGCCCCAAUGGAAACCGGAGCGACAGUCGCGGUUCGUCGAGCUCUGGUGCAUGGCCCGCAGACCUUCCGCGUCUGCCGAGGACACCUGGAUCGGCAACGACUCCAGGAGGUGUUAGCAACGAUGCUGGAGGAUACUUCGAUGUUCGCCCGCCACAACAGGGCAUGUCAUCGCAGGGUUCAGAUUUCCGACACAACCAAGUGCAUGGAACUCCCAAUCAACGACCAAACCUGAACAUAGACGACCCUCCACCUCGUGCGACAAUUGUCAGGACGCCAUCUCCCGGUCCAUCAGGGUACACUUUCAAGAGAGAACUGCCCCAGCAGCCUCGGAGUCGCCCUCAGAGCCAGGCGUACCCACAGAACACUGCCAACGAGCAGCUCCAACGCCGUCGAUCGUUGUACUCUGCUCCAAGCGAACCCAUCCACCAGGAAGUCAAUGCUUCGCCGCAGAGGCGACCUCAAAGCCAAAUUUACGCCUCUUCUCAUGGGAACUCGCAACCUAUGUUUGGCCACGGUCAACACCAGCAACCCCAGCAAUAUUGCCAUAAUCAGAGCCAUCCUGGGUCUCAGCCACAGCUCUCUUUCCCCGACCAAGGCCCUCAGUUCUCCUUUGAUAACCGACAGCAGCCUCAGACUCCUGCUCCUCCCGCUCUGGUUGGUAUUGAGUCGCCGCAUCCGAUAGGAGGAAGAGAAAAGCUCGCAGAUAUUCCGAAGUUGGAGGAAGACAGCAACGACGGGAGUGACCAUGAACGUACGGUCCCCAGGAUCAACACCCCCAACUCUAAUGUAUCGAGGAUUCAUGUUGACUCUGGCCCGUCCUCCAUUCCUAUGAUCAACAUCGAUUCUUCACCCCGAAUGUCCAACGCCAUGCCCAUGAUCAAUGUCGAACCUCCCAGGAUUAACGUAGGCUCCGAUACACCCAGGAAGCAGGCCAGCCAGGGUGCGAAUAGGCCAAACGUGCAGGUCUUUGAGGUUCCUGGUGUCAGUGUCUCCGGACCUGAGUUUGACGCCCACCACUCCGGUCCGAAUAUCAACAUCUCGGGGCCUGACGAUCAUGGCGGGCAUCACCAUGGCCCUCGUCAUGAACAGCACCAGCAUCAACCCCGGCGUCCGCCUUCUCAGCAUUCUCAGUUCGCUGGGCAGCAGUAUGGGCAGCAGCAGCGUCCAGGUGGCCUCAUCUGCGGUGGGUGCCAUGGGCCAAUCAUCGGGCGAAUUGUAAGCGCUAUGGGUUCAAGAUGGCACCCCUCUUGCUUCAAAUGUGCGGUGUGCGGCGAGUUGCUUGAGCAUGUUAGCUCGUACGAGCAUGAUGGGCGGCCUUACUGCCAUCUGGAUUAUCAUGAGAACUUCGCUCCGAGGUGUUACUCCUGCAAAACCGCCAUCAUCGAGGAGCAAUUUAUCAGUUUGGAUGAUCCUGCGCUUGGAAAGAGAACGUAUCAUACUCAGCACUUCUUCUGCGCGGAAUGUGGCGAUCCUUUCCUGGACACAUCCACUCAGCUCGCCACGGACUCUCAUGGAGAGCUCGCUCUUAGUGGUGACGGCGAAUUUGAAGGGUUUACGGUGUACAAGGGUCACCCGUAUUGCGAAGCUUGUCAUGUUCGACUUCGGUUACCGAAGUGCAAACGAUGUAAGAAGUCGAUUCGCGACCACGAAGAAGCCGUCGAGGCCCUUGGAGGGAAAUGGUGUUGGAGUUGCUUUGUCUGCGCAAGUUGUCAUAAACCCUUCGAAGACCCGUCCUUCUUUCAACGAGGUGAUCAGCCAUACUGCGAGCAUUGCUUCAGUAUUAUGCUGCGCAACGAAGUGUAG